CGUAUGUUUUACAUAUAAACAUAUUGGGACUCCAUUGAUAUGAUUAUUGGCUGAAGCCAGACCUACUGUAGAAAGUUUUAAGCUUGGCAGCACGCUUGGAGCAGGAUAUAAAGUAGGUUCAUUAGCAGGUAGCGAAGUGACCCAUCAGAAUAUAUAACUGGUAUCACCGUAGGUUGAAGCGAGAAACACAUGCUAAGAAAUGCCAAGCUUGGCAGUUUAGAAUCAACCAACCUUGGACCUAUUGUCAAUGCUUGGCAAUUUCCGAAGCCUCAUCGUAUUAUCGAUGUCUCGCCAUGUCUAAAAUCAGAACUCUGCCCGAGUGCGGUUGAUGAGGUGCAGAAUUACUCAUUACUGUUAUCAGAGGAGAGUUCAGUGCAAAAACACUCUUAGUAGUGAACUUGGUAAUCUUUAUUGUGCAUUAUAAAUGAUGAGUACGUUUUUUACGGUGAGUCGGCCGAUGGACUGUGAAAUUGUCCAUUACGGAGAAUCAACAAAGUGACCCGUGAACAAAUUAUAAUAUGACAGACUAGGACUUAUGAAGACUCACUUUUUCGUGAAGGAUUGGAUUAUUCAAAGCAUUCGGAAAUUGAGCAUAUGAUUAUGUUGGCCUUUGUAUUUAUUGAUAAUUAUUGAACUCAUUUGUCCAGUAUAAACUCUCUUUUUUCGUUUAAUCAUCUGAAAACUUUCCUCCUUCAUCCUUUUAUUGAGUAAUUAUUAGAGACAAUGAUCAUUGAGAAACAUCAGUACGUAUUGUUAUGAUUGGAACUGAACGGGAAGUAUAAGGUUCUAAAUAAAUAAAAAUAUUAUUUUGUUCCAGCAGAGAAAAUUGGGAUUUAAUACUUUCCAAUACUGGUGAGGAAAAAGGCGGCUACGUAGCUUUCAGUCAAGCGUGGAAACGGGCGUCGCUUUUUUUUGGAUUUUCCUAAGAGUAUUCCAGGGGCCUCGAGCGACCGUGUUGUAAUAGAUAAGCAGGGAACUACAGUGGCAAUAACAGUAAAGACGAAGGGUCCCAAAGCCACUCAAAAAAUGCCAAAAGCACUAUCGGCGCAAUCAGAAUCCGGCACUCAAAUUGAGUGGAAAAAGCGCUCAUCAGUAUUAACUGAGAAUAAGAAUAAUUGGCCGGGUACAUUCCGAGAACAGACGAAAGCCUCGUUGAAACAGAGCCUUCACCACGUUAACAAACGAAUGAGUACUUCAAAAACUAACCGAACAUUGACUGCAGAUUAUAGAGAACCUAGAAAAUCUAAGAAUAAUUUUUCAUCGGCGAACCCCUCAGUCUCAUCCAUUGAGAGUGGAGAUAGUACAGAGUCUGUUAUCGUUACCGAUAAAGGGGUUCAAUGUGGAACCUUAUUCCAUUCUUCUAACAACCAUUUCAAUUUAUUAAAUCCCAUUCCAACAAUUGGCUUUUUGAUGAAGGAGCUUGAGAGUUUAAUUAAGGAUAAAAAAUCUAGUGGAAUUUUGUACGAAAUGGAGCAAGCGUUGUUGAGAAUACCUAACGAUAGUGGAAAAUCAGGCCAUGCUGAUGUGGAGACAAUUCUCAAACAUACCCACGCCAGUGCGACAAUGCUAGCAGCUACAGGUAAAGAGAUGCAGACUACUUUGGAAGUAACGCUCAAGCAACAAGUCAUUCUUCAGCAGCAAUUGGAAGAGAAGUCUCUUCAACUCGAGGCAUCGCUCAGUCGAGAGGCCGACCUCAAGGCCCUUGUGAUAGAUCUUCGCCAGAGACUCACAGAAUCGUCAAAAUUAGAUCUCAUGAAUAAAAAACUCCUCAAUGACCUCAAAGAGAAAAACGAAGAAAACCAACUCCUGCAGAAUAUCAUAACACAACUCAAAACCGAACUUAAUGAGGAGACGGAACUUGCGCGACAGCGUUGUCUCGAUUGUCAGUUCUUCGAAAUGGAAAAGGAAAAAUUGUCUGUAAUAUCCUCUCUUAAGGAUUCCCAACUAAUCGAACAUCGGAAGUCCAUGAAAAACCUCCAGAAUCUGAUCGGAGAUCAAUUGCUCAACAUCAAAAAGUUUCUAAAACCUGAAAAUGUAACUGUGAAUCAACCCCGCAAUUUAUCUUUGAUGGUAAGCGGCGGACGAGCCUCUUCGUCUCCUGUUCGUACCGUCAACAACUCAAUAAUUUCUUUAAAUAAUAACCGACAUAACGAUGUUGACGUCCUAGAAUCCUCCAUUUCUACGAUUGAUGGGACACAUCCUCACACAAGUAUAAAUCGUAAAAUGUCAGUACAGUUGGAGACUCUAAUGAAUGAGUCUGAAAAUGAAUGUCAAACAGAGAAAUUUACGGAGAAAACCCACUUAGAAUUAACGUCAUUCAGAGCGGAUGAGGGGUCACAGUCUGAUUCUAUAUCGAAACCUAAUGAAGAUGAAUUUAUUUAUGAUCUUCGUAACGGUAUUCGUGAUAGUAAUUAUGAUGAGAUGGAUCCGCAAGUGAGGGAGGUACAAAUGUCGAGAGGGAGAGUCUCUCUGGAUGAGAGAAUUGAAGCAAGCAAGGGUCUAAAAGAAAUCGAGAUGAUGUAUGAAAAUACUAGAAUUAAUAGUAAGAUUGAGGUGAGAGUACCAAGCCCUCCAAGAAACUAUCCACAUCCUGACUGGAGUGAUAGUUCGCUGCCAACCAUGAGCAUCUCCUCUAACUUAUUGUGAUUAACAAGUAGACAGUAAAGGAUCUUUGAAGAGAUUUUACACUGGAUUAUUUUCUUUAUACUUUUACGAUUAUUUAUUGAUUUCAAUGGGCGGAUUAAAUCAAAGAGUUUAUUUCAUUCGAGUGAGGAGACUGUGCAGGGGAGAUAUUUUCCUUUGGCUGAUCUGCUGAGAAAUAUUAAAAGUGAAUUAAAGAAGUUGAGAAUAUUUUCGAAAAAAUAAAAGUUUCAGAGAAAUUAAUUAAAAUAGCGUUUAGAUUGAGAAUUUUAUGGAUCAUUAAUAUAGGGUCGCUACUUUUUUUUACAAAUUCAGGAAUUCAUAACUCAUGUCAAAAAGUGUUUUUAA